CUUGGCGGCGUUGCAGCGGCAGCACAUGCUACGCGCGCGUAAGACGGCCACCCGGUUUCUUCCCCUCACCGCGGGCCGGCGCUAUUCCCUCCCGUACGCGCCCUGACACUGAGGACCCCUCCAGGGUCGUCAGUCAUCGGUUAGGACGACGACGACGACCUCGGCGCACAGGUAAAACGACCCCUGGAAAAACGAAUCCGAGCGAGUGGGGAGUGGGCCCUCCCCGCUUACGACGGGCACGGUUGCGCCGUACGCGUGACCGUCUGCAGUGAUCGGUGCAGCAACGGUUACGGCGCAGAUCCGGUUAAACGGCGCGUAUUCAAAACAAAUCAUCAUCACCACCACCAACAACAACAACAACAACAACAACAACAACAAUAACAACAACAGCCGCAAACCAUACAACGACAUCGGCGCACCAGCAGCAACAGAAGAGUCAAAACACGCGGUGCGCGCGUACACAAAAACGCCGCGCCACCACCGUCUACGAGUAGCAGCAGUAGCACCAGCAGGCCCGUCGGCUGUGCCACGCUAUUAUAACUUCGGUACGGCCGUCCACGAUUAGACGUUUAGUGUUGAAACUGCCCCGGUGAGGCAAGCGAACGGCAAGGCGGCGACGCGCUGCGACCCGCGCGGGUACCACCGCACACACACGCAAGCGCGCGAUCGGCGCACGCACACGCACACGCACACACACACACAGCCACGAUAUAUUAUUAUAUCAGUAGUGCUCUAUCGCAAAAAUGACAGGAAGACGAAUUGUGGUAAUGGCCAGACAUGGCGAAAGUGAAUGGUCUAAAAACAAUGUGUUUUGUGGAUGGUACGAUUCACAUUUAUCUGACCGAGGUAUAAACGAAGCUCUCGAAUGCGCUGAAUUGUUGAAAAAAUCAAAUUAUAAAUUCGACAAAGCUUAUACAUCUUUGUUGACUAGAGCUCAUCAAACUCUAAAGAUAAUCACUGAACACAUUGGCCAGCCAAAUUUACCAGUGGAAGAAUCAUGGAGACUAAACGAAAGACAUUAUGGAGCUUUGACUGGAUUUAAUAAAGCUGAAGUAGCUGAAAAAUACGGCGAAAAUCAGGUACAAAUUUGGAGACGCAGUUUUGACGUUCUUCCACCGGAGAUGGAUAAGUCACAUACAUAUUAUAUGUCUAUUUGGUGCCACCCAAAAAUUGUGGCUCACUCAUACACCACAAGUGAAAAAUUUCCUUCUACCGAAUCACUUAAAGAGACAAUGGGGAGGGUCAUACCUUAUUGGGAUGAUUUUAUUGUGCCUAAUAUCAAACGAGGACAACGAAUUUUAAUCGUUGCCCAUGGUACGGUUUUGCGAAGUCUUAUCAAGUACUUAGAUGGAAUAUCAGAUAAUGAUAUUUGCUCAAUAAACAUCCCUUCGGGCAUUCCAUUCGUUUACGAAUUUGAUGAUGAUAUGAAUGUCGUGUCUUCGAAACAAUUUUUGGGUGAUAAAAAACGAAUCGAAGAAGGAAUAGCAAGAGCUGCGUCAAUCGGUUCUCAUUAAACUGCCAAUUAUGAAAUCGUCUUCAGCAAAUGACUAUUUUUAAUCUGGAAUUUUGUCAGAUAUUUGCUAAUUAAUUAUUAUGUUUU